AUGGAGGCACCAGUUAUAAUGAGGCUCAUGGCAUCGUCCGUUUCGGUCGCUUCGAAAGCAGGGGUUAUUAUUCGUAAGGUUCUUGCUAGUGGGAAACUUGGUGUCGUUGACAAGGGUGUCAAUGAUUUGCAGACUCAAGCCGACCGCAGUGCUCAACACUGCAUAGUUUCGUCAUUGUCAAAGCACUUCCCAGGACUCUGCAUCAUUGGCGAGGAAGAUUUAGAUGACGGAGAUCAGCCGUUCUCUGAAGUGGUGGAAGAGCUAGACUCUGAUGUUCUAUCAAAAAAGUGUCCUGCAGAACUCGAAUCGGCAGCAUUGGAUGAUAUUGUUGUAUGGGUAGACCCAUUAGAUGGAACCAGCGAAUUCGCACAGGGUUUUUUAGAACACGUGACUGUCUUAAUUGGAGUGGCGGUCAAGGGCCGUGCUGUCGGUGGUGUUGUCUGCCAGCCCUUCUACAUGCCCGGCUACCGGGCAGUCACCGAGUCCCAAUACGACCGUCGUCCUCAAGUCGAGGAGACCCAACUUCGUCUCAUCUGGGGCCUUGAGGGUCUGGGCAUAUUCGGGACAUCCAGCAAACCCCUCUCCCAGGGACCUGUUUUCGAAGGGGAUAUCGGCUCUAACGCCAAUUUGAUUGUUAGCACCAGAUCGCACUCAAAACCAAUGGUAACAGCCGCCAUCGAGGCUUGCAAUCCGACAAAAGUUUACAAAGCUGGUGGCUGCGGCUUUAAGAUGUUGCUGUUGAUCGAAGGCACUGCGCACGGCUACAUCUACGCCAACACGGGCUGCAAACGAUGGGAUACUUGUGCUCCCGAAGCGCUCAUCAACUGCAUUGGUGGUCGAGUCACUGGUAUCGACGGGAAAGCAUAUUCUUACAACCGCGAUGUCUGCCCCGUCAAUACACUGGGAGUCGUUGCAACACCAGUCUCUGCUUGGCAUUCAGCGUACCUCAAGAGAAUUCCCACUUCCCUGGUCAACACCCUCUCUUCCCAGUAG